AUGAGCGUUGUUUCUAACAGUAAGAGGGUUUUGGAUGCUAACAUUGGGGACUCGGAAAGUAGCAGCAGUGCUGCAUCUCGGAAGAAAGUGGGUAGAAAGUUGUUGAAUGAUAGUGAUGUGAAGAGCAAGAGGACUUUUCAGAAUAGAAAUGCUCAAAGGGCGUUCAGGGAACGUAAAGAGAGGAAAUUGAAGGAGUUAGAAGACAAAGUUUUAGCGUUGGAGCAAGUGAACGAGGCGAAAGAAUUGGAGACAAAUUUCUUAAGGUCGAGGCUAAAAAGUAUGGCUGACGAGUUGAAGAAAUACAGACCUGCACAGAGUUCAGAUUUAGAGGUUUUGGAAUAUUUAGCGAAGAAAGAACAGCUCGCAAAAUAUAAUCAUAAUGCUAAUCCAAUUAAAGAAGAAGAAGAAGUAAAAGAGGAGGAGGAAGACGAAGAGGGAGAAGAAGGAGGGGACAAUAUCCACGCUAACCAAAGCUUCGAACAGGAGUCUGCAAAACAAAAACAAGAGAUACUAUCAAAUAUUGAAAAGAAAAAGGAUUUCACUUUUGAAUAUCCGAAACAAAAUAAAAUGCCCUCUCCAGAGUCAUCUACCUCCAUAACAUCUUCUGUGGUAACUUCAGGUAAGUAUAAUGUUCAACUUCAGCAAGGUUCAGUAAAUAAUCAAGUCACGACCCCGGAUUCUUCUGUUUCUUCCUCUACUUGGAUACAUCCUGUGUUUUAUGAGGAUAAUGCCAAACAACUCCCUCAAUUUGAACAACCAAAGGCUGUGCCUACAAAUAUGGAUGUUAGUCCUGCUAACUCAGACAUUAACCAAAGUACUUCGGAUAUCGUACCGGGGUCCGCCAAAUCGUUUGAUGCAAUUCCAUUUGGUUAUGAUAGUAGUUUAUUUUCAAAUGAUUUCAAUUUUGAUGACAAGUUCAGUGACCAAGUUUCUUCUUUUUGUGACAAAGUUAACAAUCCAAACUAUUCCCCUGAAAACAAUAGUUUACCAUCUUUAGUUUCCGAGAAUUACAAUGCGGAAAGUCACAAUAAUACUAUUGCUUUACCAGAUACCACAACGGAAUUUGGUAAAAAGGGAUUCGAAUUUGCUAAUUCUGAUGCAACUGAUACCUUUUCUUGGAAUUCGGGUGCUUUUCACGAAGACGAUCCAUCAUCAAAACUAUUCAUCGAUACCCUGGACAAACAAUAUGCGGUUCCAACUUCAGAUGCAUCAAUUGCAAAUGAUUUCUCUAAAGCAAAUAAUUUCAUUGAAAGCUCUUUAGCCUUUCCAGAGAGUACAGCAUCUGUUGCCAAUAGCAUGAACGGUAAUUUAUACUUUAGAGAUAGCAACAUUGAUAACACAAUAGAUAUGCUAGAUCUACUGGCUGAUGAUGACGACGAUGAGGAUGAAGUUGAUGAAUCUCUAAUAAAGAAUAAUUUAGUCACAGAAGAAUGCAUGGAUGAUGCUCAAGCUAAAUCUCAAUUAUGCGACAAGUAUAAAAAUACUGUCAUUAGAGCAGAAGACGGCUCAUAUUUGAAAUGUUCCCAAGUAUGGAGUAGAUUAACUGAACAUCCCAAGUACUCUGAACUAGAUAUUGAUGGUUUAUGUACAGAACUGAUGUUACAAGCCAAAUGUUCGGAAAAAGGUGUAGUAGUAGAAUCCAGAGAUGUUCAAAAGGCACUAUCAAAAUAUCUGUCAUCAUAG